GAAGUCCAGACAUACUGGCAGAGGCUGAAGAGGCUGCUGGGAAUUAGUCCUGAUGUUAGUGUGUGCGCGUCUGUGUCUAUGUGCUGGGUAAUGGACUGGCAUCCUCGCCAGGUUAGGCUCUGUCUCCCCCGCGACAUGGAUUGGAUGAAGCGAUUAGAAAAUGGAUGGAGGAUAUGCCUCGUUACGAAUCACAAUGGAAGCAAAUAUCAAAAACCAAAAAAAUUGACGACGGUCCCUUGCCUGCAUUACACGCUUCCUGUUGCUUUCCUGUAAACCAAGCGUGUGAGUUCGUGUACGUGGGUUGUGGUAGGAGUAGCUGUGUGCAAUGGCUUUGUGAAGCACAAGACCGAAAUGUAGACUAUGUUGGCGAUUUUGCUUGUGGGUCAACUUCUUUAUUCAGUUAUAGGGGAGCUGCAAGCACCACAGAAUGUCAGAAUGGAGGCUGUGAACAUGCAGUACAUACUGAAGUGGGACUGGGACCACAGACUAUUGAACUACACUGUGAAUUUUACAGCAGAGUACCUCUUUGGUGACAGGCGAAAAUCCAAAAUCUACAAAAAUGAUUGCUACAGAAUUGUUGAAACCCAGUGUGACUUCUCCCACUAUUUUGAUUACAAUCUGAUGUACUAUGUGCGUGUGAGGACAGAGGGGAUAGAUGAGGUAUCCCCAUGGCAGGAAUUGCAAUUCUGUCCUGAUGAAAACGCUGAACUGGGUCCACCUUCUGCUUUUGGUGUCCAAAGCAGGAACACGAUGCUGAUUGUGAACAUUACUCACCCACUGACCUUGGACAAGUCAAUGAGCAACAUAAUAAGUCUUCAUUAUUGGUUGGAGUACUGGAAAAGGUUGUCCCCAGCACAGAUCCACACACUGCAACUCAACAGAAGCUACGCUAUACUCUCCCAGCUAGAGCCGUGGAUGGUGUACUGCCUCCGGGUUCGGGUCUUCAACACCCAGUAUAACAAACAGAGCCGUUUCACCGAGUCGAAGUGUGUGGAAACGGAAGGCGAUGGACAUACUCCUAUCUGGCAGCUACCAGUGCUCUUCCUUAUAGUGGGAAUUGUUAUUCUUUUGUUCUCUUAUGCCACCUAUAAGGCUUACAGCUGUAUGAGACACCUCUGUCCACCAUAUGAGAUUCCAGACAGCUUACAGGGCUUCAUGUCUUCAGGGCCUCAGGUCUUGAUACUCCUUGGGGACCGGAGGGAGCCGUUUGGUGAACUCAUGCAGGUCAUUCCUGUAGAAACCACUCUGCCCCUGCAUCAUAUGGAGCAGCGAGACCUAAAUACAGAGCAGGGUGAAAGCGACUCUGGGAUCAGCUCUGGACAGGAGGGAUCUGAUGGAAGCCUCAGGAGCACCAUAGCAGAACAAGGGGAGAACUCUUGUAGACUGUGAAGUUUAAAAAAAAUUGCAAGGCACAAUUUCUGGAGAAGAAAAGCCUUGUAUUGAGAGCAUACCACCUGUUCAGCUGUUGAAUCUGAAACUGAGCUCAGUUUGUUUUAAGAAAAGUGGAGGACCUUUUCUUAGAUUGGUAGAAGUCAUUCAUAUAAUCCAAAGAAUACAUUUGAGUAUUUACAUAUAUUUGACCACAGAUAUUAGGAAAAUUGUGGAACAGAGUGUGUACAGAAGGCUAACACUAACAUGGCUAGUGUGCAUCAGAUGUGUUUGUUAGAUACUACAAUAUAACUUCCCAGGGGCUUUACCUGUCUUUUGGUCUGGGCUUCCAUUUUUUUUCCUGGUCUUUCAUGGACACAGGUCCUUUUUUCCCUAUUCACAAUGAAGUGGGGAAAGAUCUUUAAAUAGACACUGGAUUAUCCCCUUUACCAUUGGCGAGGAUUGUGUUGAUCCCUUUAUCCAACUAGAAGGAUUGUCAAGUCCUGUGCAAGGUAGAGAAUACCCGAUACCCUCCUCUUGGCCUUAACUGCUGGUUUACAACCCCAACACUGCACUUGCAUGGUUGGGCCUUCAUCCCUGUUUGUCUUACAAUAUAGUUUUUCUACCCUUGGUGCUUCAUUGGCUGCUGGUGGAUAAUAGAGUUUUGUCUGCUCUCAUUCUGUACACAGUUGCACAUUGUACCAAGGCAGUCUUAUAUGUUGAAUUGUGAGACAAACUAUUCACUAUUUUUUUCAGUAUUACAGAGCAAACUGUGAAAUCACAAUGUGCUGAAGGUAAUGUGUGGACAUUUCCUUGCCUGCCAUAGAAAGUGUUAUGAUUUUUUGUUACCUUGGAGCAUUUUUUGUAAGACACGUGACACAUUCUCUGCAGCAAUACUUCAUAUGCAUAUUGAGUGCCACUGUGAAGGUGCUGGUGUUUCUUGUCAGGGUAGAGAAUGCUACCUUCUUUUUAUAAGACCAGCAAGCUGCACUUUUGUAAAGCGGGAAUUGUCCAGUUGGCAGGCUAAUAUAUUCACUGGUCAAGAACAUGUUCCCUUAAUGGCAGGUAAUACAAAAUUGGGUAUGAGAAGUUGGACUGUCUUCCAGUCAUCUUUUCUGGCUAAAACAAUCCUCUGUUCUCAAUCUUGUUGAAAGUGGAUGGAACUGGUGGAAUUGUAGUUCAAUUCUACAGGUCAUUAUCCUCAUUACUCUCUGAUCCUGCUGGAUAAAUGGUGAGACAAUGGGCUGCAUUGGGUAUAGUCCAAUAGUCAGAUAGGCUUCCUAAUGUUUUGGUCAGUGAGUUAGUGCCAUAAGCCUCCCUGGCUGAUAUGUUUCUCCAUUGCAGACUGUUUAUUGAUGGGUUUUCUGAAGGCUAAAAGGAGGACAUAGCUAAAUAUGAAGGCAAUGACUUCUGUAUUUAGGCUAGUCCAUUGCAUGAGUAGGACCAAAUGUGACCACAUCAAAGUCUUUUUUUUCUCUGUUAAAAUAAGUGCAUUAAAAUAAAUAAGAAGCAGUUCCAAAUCCUGUUAUAAAGCCAUUUGUUCUGAAUGGUGGAUGAUGCCACUUUGCAGUAAAUUUCUUUUAUCAAAGUACAUUCAGUUCAGAGAACUAUUUUGCAUUAUUUGGCAACUGCUGGAGAAAUUUCAUUCAAAGUGCCAACUACAAGUGCUAUUUAGUUUUUUUUUUACCAAAUAUACAGUAUUUAACAGUAGCCUAGUGUACAAAAGUAAAUUAAAACAUUUCAUAACAUCCGUCUGGAACUCUCUGGCUGCACUGAGCCUUCAAGUGUGAGGGAAAUGGCAAAAUGCAGAAGCACAUACGGUUGCCUCUUGACACCAUAAUCACCAAACAAAGAUGGGAUGGGAUUUCACAUUGGCUUUACAAUGCACUGAAUUAAAUUGGGAAUCAGUCAUUAAUACUUGGAGAAAUUGGCAUUGCUGUUAAAAGCAGUCUUAAAAUUUAAAAAAUCCUGAGAGGGUCAUCCAGGACAAUCAUUAUAUAAAAUAGCUGAUUGGCUUCUAAUUUUUGGUUUUCCCCUGCUCAUUUGAUCUCCUUUAAAAAUUGUUUUAACAGAAUAUCAAUAUAAGCUAAAAAUAUGGAGUACAUGUCUGUACUAGUGUUGGAAUUGGUUCUUUCCACUUUUAUUACACUUUUUUUAGCAUUGGAAAGACAAAAGUUACUAUUUGUAAAAUUCUGUUUUAGUUAAAUUUCUUUACAUGCUAAAGACUAAAGAGAAGUACGAGCCUGGAAUCAACAGAUUGCCUGUGUUAUCAGUCCAGUUUUUGUUUGAGCAUUGAGCAACUCUAUAAUGAGAGUCCAACUCCCUUAUUGUUUCCUUUAUUUUUAUUUUUUGACGUCUUUCCUGACAAAAAAGGUUUCACUGAGAGUGAGUAAAUAACUCAAACUGUACCUAUUAUGCAUAUUAAAAAAACCUGUCC